CACGAUGCAUCUACGCAGAGCACAAGUUGAGUAUGAGAAGCUUUGUGAUUUCAGCUUCUAAAAGAAUAGUUUUCAGUCAUAUCUCAUCACCCGAGGUUAAUUUUCUGAGAGGUAUAUCAUCACGCUUCAACCCGAAGAGAACAAAACUGGUCUUCCGGUUCAUGGCAAAGAAUGACGUAGAACCAUCGACCAAUCAGACUUAUGAAUCUCUUUUAACGAAUCUUACAUUUAUCAAGACAUUUGCUUCUGGAAUUCUUGUUCCGAGGGGAUACAUAUGGCCAGUAGAUGCAAGCCUUUAUCUACAACCACAUACAUCUUUGGUCUCGGAUGCACAUAAAGCGGGGCUGGAAGUUUUUGGAUCAGAUUUUGUGAAUGAUGUUCCAUUUAGCUUCAAUUACAGUUAUGAUCCACUUGCUGAGUACCUCCAGUUCAUAGACAACGGUGACUUCUCUGUUGAUGGCGUGCUGUCUGAUUUCCCCAUUACUGCAUUUGAAGCAAUAGGUUGUUUUUCUCAGUUAGGCACCAAUGCCACGAAACAAGAUAAAACCUUGAUUAUCUCAAAAUAUGGAGCAAGUGGGGAUUAUCCUGCUUGUACCGAUUUAGCAUAUAAUAAGGCCAUAGAGUACGGUGUGGAUGUUCUUGACUGUCCGGUUCAAAUAUCAAAAGAUGGAACACCAUUUUGCUUAAACUCCAUUGAUCUUAUAGAGAGUACGACAGUUGCCCAAUCAAGCUUCAGCAAAUUUGCCAUGACUAUCCCUCAGAUCAAACCCACCAGUGGCAUAUUUGCAUUCAACCUCACGUGGAGUGAUAUAAAAACUUUGACCCCCUCAAUAUUGAAUCCUUUUUCAAAGUACAGGUUGUUCAGGAAUCCAGAAUCUAAGAAUUCAGGGUACUUGGUGGCGUUAUCAGAUUUCUUGUCCUUGACAAAAAGUCACCCUUCUCUAUCUGGUGUCUCUAUCGCUGUUGAGAAUGCAGCCUAUCUUGCUGAGAAGCAAGGAUUAAAUGUGAUUGAUGCAGUAAUCAAUGCUUUGAGCGAGGCAGGUUAUGAUAAUCCCGGAUCCCAAAAGGUUUAUAUCCAAUCCACUGAUAGCUCUGUACUGCUAAAGUUCAAAGAGAAAACCAGUUAUGAGCUUGUGUACAAGAUUGACGAGACUGUCGGUGAUGCUGAUAGUGCAGCUGUUGAGGAUAUAAAGAAAUUUGCUAGUGCUGUGAUUGUCAACAAGAACUCUGUAUUUUCUAAUAAUGAUCAAUUCCUGACAAGCACUACGAAAACUGUGGCGAAGCUAAACGCUGCCAACCUCUCAGUUUUUGUAGAGACAUUCAGCAAUGAGUUUGUUUCUCAAGCGUGGGAUUUCUUCUCAGAUGCAACUGUUGAGAUAAACUCAUAUCUAAAUGCUGAGGGCCUAAAAAUUGAUGGUAUCAUCACGGACUUCCCUAAAACUGCCAACAGAUACAGAAGGAACAAAUGCUUAAAUUUGGGUGACAAGAGACCUACUUACAUGGACUCUGCUACACCAGGUGCUUUUUUUUCUCUCAUUACCUUAGAUUUCUUGCCUCCAGCUCAAGCUCCACUCCCACCCUUGACAGAAUCUGAAGUUGCAGAGCCACCUUUGCCUCCUGUUGCUAAAAUAGCCCCAGCUUCCAGCCCCAGUUCUGGAACCCCAGCACCACAAAGAAAUGCACAGCCUAAGGUUGCUGUCUGCUUCUUCUUUUCCUCUCUGGCUGUGUUCACAGCUUCCCUUCUUGUGCUUUGAGCAAAAUCAUCUCUAAACUUCCUUCUAA